AUGUUCGCUAAGAAAGUUACAACCGUUAACCCCUUCGCAAAGAAACGUUCUCAACACGGCGUCGUUUCAACAACACCAAACGUAAACACAAAAAAGCAGUUAUGGAGGCUUCCACAUGUGUUUGCUAAAAUGCUCGAGCUUCCUUUUCCUUCAGAUGCCGAUAUUUCGAUCGAGGAAACGCCGCAGUUUUUCCGGUUUGUAGCGUUAUGUAAUAAGAUGAAUAUUUUCAAUGACGGUGGUGUGCGAGCUCAGGCGAUUGAGAUUCUACCAGGAAUAACUAAAAUUGUGAUCAAGAGAUUCGAUGGUGGUGAUGUUUCGGUGGCGGGUCAGCAAGAGAAGAGGUCAUCUCUUGGUGUUGAUCUUUGGCGGUUUAGACUUCCGCCGUGGACGCAGCCGGAGAGGGUUACUGCUGUUUGUUCCGGUGGGAAAUUGGUAGUGACAGUGCCUAAGAUCAAAGGGAACUAA